GGGCGGUGCGGGCGGGCUGCGUGUGCGGGCACCGGGCAGCGCAGCCCGGCGGGUCCCCUUCGGCGGGCGGGAGGUGAAAUACAGAGGCCUCUAAGUAGCUUGAUGCAGUUAGGGACUUCCCUCCGGGAUGCUUGGAUGAGCAGGAGAGAGGAGCUGCCUCCCCGGAGAGCCCGGCGGGCAGCCAGGCUCUUCCUCUUCUUAAUUUAGCGGGCGCUUGUGAGCGCUGACAGCAGCGAGGGGUUCUCGCUUUUUGAGAUGCGCGGGCAGGACUGAGAAGAUUUUGCUCACUGUAGGACGCAGAGUGGCUUGGAUUUGUCAGAGGGAAAUGCUGCAGCAUGAACCCACCGCCUAGAGAGAAGGGAUCGCCCCUCCUCGGCACCGCUCCCUGAGCCAGCCCGACAGCCGCCGUCCGGCGGGGAGAGCCUGCACGGGGGACUGACAGCGGGAGCAGCCCAGCCCUGCCGCUCCAACCGCCCGGCUCCGGCGGGAUGCGCUCGCCGCCGCCUUCAUGCUGGAAGGGGGGACCCUGAACCGCCGCUCCGCGCCCUGCGAGCCUCUCGGGCAAGGACCCCCGGGCAGCGGCGGGGCCCCGCGGCGUAGCCCGGUCCGGAGCCCUCCACGUGUCACCUGCCGGCGGUCCCCGGUGAAGGCGCCCGCUCCAGCCGGUGGUGCGGGGGGACAUCCCUGAGCCCUUCGCCGCAGAAGCCAGCGGCGUCCCUCCCGGGGAGGCGGCGGAGCCCGCCCGGCGGCCGCGAUCCGGUGCCCCAUGGUGGUGCUGCGGAAGCUGCCGGGCAUGCCGGGCUGGCCGGCGGCGCUGGGGCUGCGGCUGCCGCAGAAGUUCCUGUUUCUGCUCUUCCUCUCGGGCCUGCUCACGCUGUGCUUCGGGGCCCUCUUCCUCCUCCCCGAUUCCUCCCGGUUCAAGCGCCUCUUCCUGCCCCGCCGGGCCACCACCUCCGCCUCCUCCUCCUCUUCUUCCUCCGCCUCCUCCUCCUCCUCUGCCUCCUCCUCCUCCACUCGCGACACCGACCUGCCCCGCAGCCCCCCCGCCGCCGCCGAGCCCCGCCACGCCAGCCCCGCCGCCCCCCGCCGUCUCCGGGAGAAGCUUCGCACCGCCGCCCGCAUGGCCGGCCCGCCGGCCCACACCGCGCCGGGCUCCCGGCAGCAGGUGCAGGGCGGCGAGCGGCGAGCCCAGCCCGCCACCGGGGCUCCCCCAGCCCGGGAGACGCGGGCUCCGUUCCGCUUCGACUACGAGCGGUUCCGCCGGAGCCUCUGCCACCCGGUGCGGGGCAGGCGGUCCGGCGAGGACCCCGAGACCCGCGCCCGUAGGAUGAAGAUUAAAGAGAUGAUGAAAUUUGCUUGGGAUAACUACAAACAAUAUGCACUUGGAAAAAAUGAACUGCGACCACUUACUAAGAACGGCCACAUCGGUAACAUGUUUGGAGGCCUUCGAGGAGCUACGGUGGUAGACGCCUUAGAUACUCUGUACAUCAUGGAACUCGAGGAGGAAUUCCAAGAAGCAAAGAAGUGGGUGGAGAAGAGCUUUGACUUGAACGUGAACGGAGAAGCAUCCUUGUUUGAGGUGAACAUCCGCUAUAUUGGAGGACUGUUGGCUGCAUACUACUUAACUGGAGAAGAGGUGUUCAAGAGUAAAGCUCUGGAACUUGGAGAGAAACUUUUACCAGCUUUUAACACCCCCACUGGUAUCCCACGUGGCGUCAUAAAUCUGGGCAGUGGCAUGAGUUGGAGUUGGGGCUGGGCAUCUGCCGGAAGCAGCAUCUUAGCAGAAUUUGGUACCUUGCACUUAGAAUUCCUGCACCUCUCGGAGCUCUCUGGCAACCCGGUGUUUGCAGAAAAGGUGAUGAACAUCCGGAAAGUCCUGAACAGAGUUGAGAAGCCGCAGGGCCUUUAUCCCAACUUUCUCAGCCCGGUGACAGGGAACUGGGUGCAGCACCAUGUCUCCAUUGGGGGGCUUGGGGACAGCUUUUAUGAAUAUCUCAUCAAAUCUUGGCUGAUGUCAGACAAGAAAGACACUGAAGCUAAAAAGAUGUACGACGAUGCACUAGAGGCAAUAGAAAAGCAUUUGGUCAAAAAGUCUGCUGGAGGAUUGACCUACAUUGCUGAAUGGAGGGGUGGCAUCUUGGAUCACAAAAUGGGCCACUUGGCUUGUUUCUCUGGGGGCAUGAUAGCACUUGGAGCUGAACAUGCUGGAGAGGAGAGGAAGCAACAUUACAUGGAUCUCGCUGCAGAAAUAACAAACACAUGUCACGAGUCUUAUGCACGCUCAGAUACCAAACUUGGUCCCGAAGCCUUUCGCUUUGAUGCUGGAACUGAAGCCAUGGCAACCAGACUCAGCGAGCGCUACUACAUCCUACGGCCAGAAGUGGUAGAAAGCUACAUGUACAUGUGGCGGCUGACACACGAUCCCAAGUACAGGCAGUGGGGCUGGGAGGUUGUGAAGGCCCUGGAAAAACACUGUAGAGUAGAAGCUGGUUUUUCUGGCAUCCGAGAUGUUUACACCACAACUCCAACCCAUGACAACAUGCAACAGAGUUUUUUCCUCGCAGAGACUCUGAAGUACCUCUAUCUUCUGUUCUGUGAAGAUGACGUGCUGUCCCUGGACGACUGGGUGUUCAACACAGAGGCUCACCCCCUGCCAGUCAACCACACGAACUUUAAAGCAAGCGUGCAGUAGUGAGGCCAUUGCCCAGCACCCUGCUUCUGCAGCAUUGACGGGUUACUGCAUUUCCUUUCCAUUAAAGGAAUUCGCGUUGUUCCUAAAAUGGUAUUUUGGGGCACUAGUCCAAUUCCGGACAGUAUUAUAUUGGGAAGAUGAAACCAUGAUGUAAGCACCUUCUUUUCCUCUGUGAGGAGCUCUAUUAGCCUGAUAACGAGAUGUUUAUUCUGGGCCAUAUUGUACACAGUUCAUAGACAUUCCUUUAUACAGAGAAUUUAUAUGAAAUCCACUGACUUUGCUUUAUAGUGGCCAAAGGACUGGAAGUUUGCCAUAAAAUAGACUUCACACACACACAAACACACGCAUACACACACACACACAUCCUCCUUUCAUUUUUCUGUUUCAUUUUUGCCUUUUAUAUACUCUUGGAUUUAUCACCUUUCUAAUUAGUGAUUUUCAAUAUACUGUGCUUUCUAGGUGGUAGGCUUUCUAGGCUCUUUAGGAAGGACAGGAUAGGAGAACAAGGAAGGGGAGUUGCCCUUUAUGUGAGAGAGCAGCAUGGAGCUCUGCCUGGGGAUGGAUGAGGAGCUGACUGAGAGCUUAUGCCUUACGAUUAAAGAGAAGACAGAUAAAGGUGACAUUAUAGUGAGUGUCUGCUGUAGGCCACCUGACCAGGA